AUGAAAACCACCCUAAAAGAUAAGACGGGUCCCACAUUUUACUUGUACCAUUCCAGAAAGAAGAAACUUCUCAGCUUCAAACUCUCAACUCUGUUGCUCCUGACUAUGGUGAUGUGUGAAAAGAUGCUGGUGAUGGCCUUACCGCCUCCUUUUCCAUCUUUCAAGGUUGCAUCUUCUUCGGUUGACAUCGCGAGUAUGAAAUCUGCUAAUGGGAUCAAGGAUAUUACAAAAGGUCUGGAUACUGUCAAGUCUACUGACGGUGUUUUGGAAUCUCCAAAAGUCAUAGGUAUGCUUGAUGAGCUACUCAAUCGUUUAAGCCAGUCUCCACAUCAUAAGUUGAUCAUAUACCCUAUCAAAGAUCCUUCUACAGAUCUCAAGAACGUUCAUUCUUCUUUGAACUGGAUCACUAAAUUAAAAAAUCGGGUUAAAAAAUUUAUACAAUCUUUUCCGAAUCCCUUCAAACGCAUGAAAGGAAAACAAAAGCCAUUGGAAGAUACACUGGAUCCAUCGAGACAGGGCUUCAAGCCAAUCUUGAUAAAAACAGCAGCAAAACCUAAUUUUUUAAGAAGGGCAAAAUUGGUCUUGGCGAGGUAUUACAAGUCAUGGAGUGUUAUGUGGAAAAAUGUUAUCAAAAAACGCGCAGAAAGGCAAGCAAUUCGCAAGCGACAAAGUGCUUUUCGCCUCGAGGCAGCUGCCCGCGACUGGUAUAGGUCUUUACCACCACAGGCCCGGCGCGGCCCUCGACCGCGGUUAUGUUUGAUCGAGCAUAGUAUUUGGAAAAAUAUCGUUGUUUACUUCUCUCCUUUAUUGCACUAUUCAGUGCGAACCAUUGCAAGUAUACGUAUCUCAGAGCAAAUCGGUGUACGCCUUUCAGACACACCUGUCUCUCAUAGCGCCUCAAAUCAUAUAGCGCAAUAG